AUGGCGGAGGCCGCGAUACCAGAGGAAGACGGCCGCUGGGGCGAGAAUGCGGCAGGCGAAAUCUCAGUAAACGCCGCACUGGAGGAGUAUCACGAUCUUGAGAAGGAGUUAAGCACGAUUCAACACCGCCACUCUACUGCAUAUCAACUGAAGCCUUCAGAACACCAUGGCGAUGCCGGAGGAGAGAGCGACUCGACAAUCGCACCUAGUCUAUCUGGCAAUGACACAUUCGACCUGCCCGACUUUCUCAGGAGGGGAAUCAUGGACAUGCGCACACCGAGCGGCGGGCCAGCAAAGAGACUAGGUGUUUCCUUCAAGAAUUUGACAGUAAAGGGCAUCGAAUCAUCGACAAAGCAAGUGACGACGUUUCCCCGGGAUCUAGUCAACACUUUCGGACCAGAUUUUUACCACUUUAUUACUGGCAUCUUUCCCAAGCUGAAGAUUCACAAAGAGCCGACUGUCGAUCUCAUUAGGAACAUGACAGGAACGGUGCGACACGGGGAGAUUAUGCUGGUUCUCGGGCGACCAGGUUCCGGAUGUUCGACCUUUCUGAAGGCCAUUGCCAAUCACCGGAACGAAUACGCCAAGGUCGAUGGAGAAGUACAUUAUGGCGUUAUACCGGCAGAAGAUCAACUGGAGCGGUAUCGGGGCGAAGUCGUGUACUGCGAAGAGGACGAUCGGCAUUUCCCAUCGCUCACGGUCUGGCAGACUUUGUGGUUCGCCUUGAAGACAAAGACACGGAAAAGAGAGCAAUGGACCAUCCCACUGAUUCUCGAUUCGCUUCUUCAAAUGUUUGGAAUCGAUCACACCAAGAACACGUUAGUUGGCGAUGAACACAUUCGAGGUGUUUCUGGAGGCGAGCGGAAACGUGUGAGUCUGGCUGAGACGCUAGCCACACGAGCAUCUGUUGUUUGCUGGGACAACUCUACCCGAGGACUCGAUGCCAGCACGGCUCUCAGUUUCGCCAAGUCGCUCCGCGUCUACACCGAUGUUAGUGGGAGGACGACCCUCGUGACACUCUACCAAGCUGGAGAGUCAAUCUACGAAUUAAUGGAUAAGGUCCUUGUCAUAGAUGGCGGACGCAUGCUGUUCCAGGGACCUGGCGAUGAGGCGAAGAAAUACUUUGAGGACUUGGGAUACCUAUGCCCUCCUAGACAAACUACUGCCGACUUUCUCACUUCCAUCGCCGACAAGAACGCCCGUCAUUUCCAGCCCGGCCGAGAAGAAACGGCUCCAAAGACACCGGAAGAACUUGAACGGACAUUCUUGGAGAGCGAACACUACCAGCGCAUCCUCCAAGAUGUCGAGGAAUACGAACGGGGCAGCAGGUCAGCGAACAACGACAAGCACCGAAUCAAGACUGUCAUCGGCGAUUCCAUCUAUACCGUCUCAUUUUUCAAACAAGUGGCUGCCUGCACCAAGCGCCAGGCAUGGCUCCUGUGGGGUGACCGGAGCUCCUUUUACACGAAGCUCGCCAUCAUCAUUGCCAACAGUCUCAUCGUCUCGUCGCUUUUCUACGGCUCCGGACAGGACACGUCUUCCGUCUUUGCGAGAGGCGGUGUGGCUUUCUUCUCGAUUGCCUUUAUCGGAUGGCUUCAGUUUGCAGAACUCGUCCCUGCGAUUGAUGGUAGAACGACGAUUGAGAGGCAGAGAGUGUUUGCCUUCUACAGGCCAUCUGCUGUGGUCAUUGCGAGGAUGCUCUUGGACUUCCCACUGAUCCUCAUCAUGACGCUCUUGUUCUCCAUACCAGUCUACUUCUUGGCGCAAUUCGACGUUGACGCCUCCAAAUUCUGGAUCUACACACUCAUCGUGUACACGGCUACCUUUUGUCUAACAACCAUGUACCGGAUGUUUGCCUCACUUUCAUCCACCGUUGACGAUUCUAUCCGGUUUGUUGGCGUCGUCCUCAACAUCAUGUUCAUCAUGACGGGAUAUGUCAUCCCCAAACCCAAUCUCCUCAGCGACGCCAUCUGGUUCGGCUGGAUCUACUACAUCAAUCCCGUAGCCUACGGAUUUGAAGCCCUUCAAGCCAACGAGUUCUUUGGACGAGAAAUGCAAUGCAGCGAGUCUCAGCUCGUGCCACGCGGCCCCGGAUCCGAUCCCACUUAUCAAGGCUGUAGUCUUCCUGGCUCGACCAUGGGCAGCACCAUCGUCAGCGGUCCUGACUAUCUACAGGCUUCGUUUCAAUACUCGAGAGCGAACCUAUGGCGUAAUUUUGGCAUUAUGAUCGCCUUCACCGUCUUCUUCCUCGCCAUGACCGUCUUGGCUGUCGACACGAUUCGCUUCAAGGGAUCUGGUGCCCAGUCCCUGAUUUUCGCGAAACCCCGGGAUGACAAGAACGUGGACAACGAGAAGAGCGGGCCUGCGGAAGAGAACGAAGAGGCAUUUGAGCCCAUCGGCGACGGCCAAAGUGUUUUCACAUUCGAGGACAUCAAUUACACAGUACCUUACGGCAACGGCGAACGACAACUCUUGCACGGCGUCUGCGGAUACGCCAAGCCUGGAAAGAUGAUCGCGCUGAUGGGCAGCUCGGGCGCUGGCAAGACGACCCUUCUCAACACCAUCGCCCAGAGACAGAAGAUUGGUGUCGUGACGGGGAAUAUGCUUGUGAACGGGGCUAGCCUGGGGCCUGAGUUCCAGAGAGGCACUGGUUUCUGUGAGCAGAGAGACAUCCACGAGGGUACCGCCACGAUCAGAGAGGCAUUGGAGUUUUCUGCGCUUCUUCGGCAGGAACGCGCGAUCCCUCGUGAGGAGAAGAUUGCGUACGUGGAUCGGAUCAUUCACCUUCUGGAACUGGGUGAUUUGCAGCACGCCAUCAUAUCUUCCUUGACAGUGGAGCAGAGGAAGAGAGUCACGAUUGGAGUUGAACUCGCUGCUAAACCGAGUCUCCUCCUCUUCCUUGAUGAACCCACGAGUGGUCUCGACAGCCAAUCUGCAUUCUCCAUUGUCCGAUUCCUCCGAAAGCUUUGCGACGCUGGGCAAGCCAUCAUCUGCACAAUUCACCAGCCCUCUUCCGAUCUCAUCGAGCAGUUCGACAUGAUCUUGGCCCUCAACCGAGGCGGCAACACUUUCUACUUUGGCCCCGUCGGCACCAAUGGCUCAGUUGUCAUCGACUACUUCACACAGAGAGGCUUCCCUUGCCCCCCAAGCCGCAACGUCGCUGAGUUCAUCCUUGAGACGGCAUCGCAAUCGUCGGUCAAGGACGGCAAGCGCAUCGACUGGAACGAGGAGUGGCGCAACUCGGCGGAGCACCGAGCGAUUAUUGCAGAAAUCGAUCAGAUCACUGCCGAGAGACAGGCCCCGCCAGAGAGGUCGACGGCGCAGACGGAGUUUGCCGCCUCAACUGCCUAUCAGUGCCUCCUUCUCACGAGGAGGAUGUUCGUCCAACAUUGGAGAGAGCCCCAGUACAUGUACAGCAGAGUGUUUGUGCAUACAAUCAUGGGUAUCUUCAACGGAUUCACAUUUUGGAUGCUUGGAAACGACAUCGCAGGCAUGCAGAACCGCAUGUUCAGUGCCAUUAUUCUCAUCUUCUUCGUACCUCCCACAGUUGUCAACAGCGUCGUGAUCAAGUUCUUCCAGAACCGAGAUCUAUGGGAAGACCGCGAACUGCCUAGUCGCACAUAUGGCUGGGUUGCAUUCUGCACAGCCAACGUCGUUUGUGAAAUCCCCAUGGCUAUCGUAUCUGCCACCAUCUACUGGCUGUUGUGGUACUUCCCCGUCGGCUUCCCGGCUACUUCGUCUGUCUCUGGCUAUACCUAUCUCAUGGUUCUGGUCUGGUCUCUGUUCCAAUCCAGCUGGGGCCAGUGGAUUUCCGCCUUCGGGCCUUCUUACUCGACGGUGUCAAACAUCUUGCCCUUCUUCUUCGUCAUGAUCGCCAUCUUCAACGGAAUCCUGGUGCCUUACGCCUCCAUGCCGUCAUUCUGGAAAUACUGGAUGUACUACAUCAACCCAACAACUUGGUUCAGCCGAGGCGUCCUCUCUGCCGUCCUUCCCCCGGCAGUAGUGCAGUGCAGUUCUGCAGAGUUUGCCAGGUUCAAUCCGCCUCCAGGCUCAACGUGUGGUCAAUACGCCGAUAGAUUCGUCAAUGAGGUCGCGAUGACAGGCUACCUAGAAGACCCUAACGCGACUAGCAACUGCGGCUACUGCCCGUACAACAACGGCGGCGAGUACAUGCAGACGCUCAAUGUCCACAAUAGCGAUAAGUGGCCAGCUUUUGGCAUCUUGAUUGCCUUUGCCGUUGCCAACUGGGCUCUUGUGUACUUCUUCGUUUACACUGUUAGAAUCCGGGGAUGGUCUUUUGGGAUUGCGACAGUGACAAGGUGGUGUUCAAAGCUUUUAAGCAAGAUCUUUGGGCGCGGCAAGCAGAGCACCAACAAGAAUGCCGAAGCUUGA